CUCGCUCCAGAGCCUUGGCCAAAGCCACCAUGCCAGGGCACUCGCUGGCCUGCUGGCCACCCCGGGAGCCAGGCACUGCCCGGGGGGCUCAGAUCCACAGGGAAGACUCUUAGCCCAAGGAGCCUGCCAAGAGAAAGCGAUGGAAAGCCCAGGCAAGGGCAGCCCCGCCGGGAAGAUGACAGCCAUGGCUCACAGCCUGUCCCAAUUAAUGGAUUCUGACAUGGAUUAUGAGAGGCCAAACGUAGAAACCAUCAAGUGCGUCGUGGUCGGGGACAACGCGGUGGGCAAGACCCGGCUCAUCUGUGCCCGUGCCUGCAACGCCACCUUGACCCAGUACCAGCUCCUCGCUACCCACGUGCCCACGGUGUGGGCCAUCGACCAGUACCGCGUCUGCCAGGAGGUGCUGGAGCGCUCCCGGGAUGUGGUAGACGAUGUCAGCGUGUCCUUGCGCCUCUGGGACACCUUUGGUGACCACCACAAGGACAGGCGCUUUGCCUACGGCAGGUCCGACGUUGUGGUUUUGUGCUUCUCCAUCGCCAACCCCAACUCCCUGCACCAUGUGAAGACCAUGUGGUACCCGGAGAUCAAACACUUCUGUCCCCGUGCCCCUGUCAUCCUGGUGGGCUGCCAGCUUGACCUGCGCUAUGCCGACCUGGAGGCCGUCAACCGGGCACGGAGACCCUUGGCCAGGCCAAUUAAACCUAACGAGAUUCUUCCCCCGGAGAAGGGGAGGGAGGUUGCCAAGGAGUUGGGGAUCCCUUAUUACGAGACGAGCGUGGUGGCCCAGUUUGGCGUCAAGGACGUCUUUGACAAUGCCAUCCGUGCCGCCCUCAUCUCCCGCCGCCACCUGCAGUUCUGGAAGUCCCACCUGCGCAACGUGCAGCGGCCCCUGCUCCAAGCCCCCUUCCUGCCCCCCAAGCCCCCUCCUCCCAUCAUCAUCGUCCCGGACCCCCCUUCCAACAACGAGGAGCGUCCAGCCCACCUCCUGGAGGAUCCCCUGUGCGCGGACGUCAUCCUGGUGCUGCAAGAGAAGAUCAAAAUCUACGCACACAAGAUCUACCUCUCCACCUCCUCCUCCAAGUUUUACGACCUGUUCCUCAUGGACCUGAGCGAGGAGGACCAGCAGAGCACGGUGGGGCACGGCUUUGGGGCGGCUGUCACUGCGGCUGCCGAACGGAUGCUGCACCAGGAGGAGAGGCACCACGGGCGGGAUUUCCUUCUGCGGGCUGCCAGCUUCGACAUCUGUGAGAGCACCGAGGAGGCCGGACCCGGCCAGCGCAAACCGUGCCUUAGAGCCUCCACCAGUGACGGUAUCCUGCGGGGCGACCGCUACGAGAACGGCGAGCACGGGCUGCGGCGGGGCCGGAACCUCUCCUCGUGGAGCCGGGCCUUUGCCAGCAUCCAGGAGGAGAUGGCCGAGGACCCGCUGACCUACAAGUCCAAGCUGAUGGUGGUGGUGAAGAUGGACGCGUCCAUCCAGCCGGGUCCCUUCCGGGCCGUGCUGAAGUACCUGUACACGGGUGAGCUGGAUGAGAACGAGCGGGACCUCAUGCACAUCGCUCACAUCGCUGAGCUGCUGGAGGUGUUUGACCUGCGCAUGAUGGUGGCCAACAUCCUCAACAAUGAGGCGUUCAUGAACCAGGAGAUCACCAAAGCCUUCCACGUCCGGAGGACCAACCGGGUGAAGGAAUGCCUGGCCAAGGGGACUUUCUCGGAUGUCACCUUUGUGCUGGAUGACGGUGCUAUCAGUGCCCACAAGCCCCUGCUCAUCUCCAGCUGCGACUGGAUGGCCGCUAUGUUCGGCGGCCCCUUCGUGGAGAGCUCCACCAAUGAGGUGGCACUUCCUCACACCAGCAAGAGCUGCAUGCGGGCAGUGCUGGAGUACCUGUACACGGGGCAGUUCAGCUCCAGCCCUGACCUGGACGACAUGAAGCUCAUCAUCCUCGCCAACCGCCUCUGCCUGCCACACCUGGUGGCUCUCACAGAGCAGUACACGGUCACCGGCCUGAUGGAGGCGGCGCAGAUGAUGGUGGACAUCGAUGGGGACGUGCUCGUGUUCCUGGAGCUGGCUCAGUUCCACUGCGCCUACCAGCUCGCUGACUGGUGCCUGCACCACAUCUGCACCAACUACAACAACGUCUGCCGCAAGUUCCCACGGGACAUGAAGGCCAUGUCAGGAGAGAACCAGGAAUACUUUGAGAAGCAUCGCUGGCCGCCGGUGUGGUACCUGAAGGAGGAGGAUCACUACCAGCGGGCGAAGAAGGAGCGGGAGAAGGAAGACUACCUCCACCUCAAACGGCAGCCCAAGAGGCGGUGGCUCUUCUGGAAUGCCUCCUCCUCCCCUUCUUCCUCUCCUUCAUCGUCGGCAGCCACAGCCUCCUCUUCCUCCUCCUCCUCCUCCUCCUCGGCUGUGGUUUGAAAGCCCCGUCCUUGCUCCAGCGUCCCUGGGAGGAGACGGGGAGGAGGAGGAGGAGGAGGAAGGGUGGGAUGCCGUGCCCCAGCGCCAGGCGUGCAGCGGCACAAGCCCCGGAGCAGACGGCAGUGGCCGCAGGGGUGGGCCUGGGGACAGGCUCGGGGCCAGCCCCCAGCGCUCCUGGAGCCCUGCUCUCCCCGCAGCAGCACCGGCAGAGCCUGAGCAGCAGGAGGAACUUGUGUUUACAGGAGCACGAGGGCUGCACCGUGGUUUCAUUUCGGGAUUUUUGUUGGAAAUUUUGGCUUUUGGCACAUCAGCAGCAUGAGGAAGGAGAGGACAAAGAAGAAGAAGCACUUCCAUUUUGAUUUGGAACCAGAAGCUCUGGGAUGUGGCUUGGGUGUCUGAUGGCAUCACACCACCUGGAGCCACUGUGGGGGUCCUGCCACCCCCUUCGACUCACAGCAGGGUCAGGCACAGGGCAGGGGACCCCCCCUGGUCCCCAAAUGCCUCCAGGCACUGCAGAAUUUCCCCUACAAGUGGGGUCUGUCCUAAUUCAGGGCACAGAGGGGACUGGAGUCCUCUCUUCCCUGUUCUUAACUCUUCAGUUUUGUUUAGACAGAAACUUAAAGGAAAAAAAACAAAACAACUCCAUCCGAACCCCACUCCCUGAACCUGCCACACCAGAAACCAACACCAAGCUCCCUUGGUUGGCUUGGGAUUUUAGCCUGGAAGGCUCCAUUGUAAUAAAUGGUAUUUUAAAAGCCCGG